AUUUUUUUUUUCUUUUCUAUGUGACAGAAACUCUUGCAACUCUUAAAAGUAGAAAAGAAAAUUUACUGUCUAUUCUUUUAAGGAAAAUUAAUAAACCCGAGACUUUUGUUAGAUCCGCCGGUAUUGUGAGUGUGUUUCCUCCAUCGUGCGUGACAUAUCUGUGACGUAAUCCUAAUCUUACUUGUCAAUAAGGAGAUAUACAAAACAAGAUUUGAAGAUUUUAUAAUUGAUUAUUGAUAGCUGUAGCAAAAUAAUAAUAAUAAUAAAGAUGCCUCCGUUUCCAUUGUGUUCCACAAAGUGUGGGAAAAAUGCCAGUUUAAAGAGGCCAAAAACCGGCGACACAUUGUGCAAGGAAUGUUUUUUCUUGGCGUUUGAGACCGAAAUUCACGAUACUAUUGUCACUGGUAAAUUGUUCAAGCCUGGCGACAAGGUUGCCAUUGGAGCAUCGGGUGGAAAGGAUUCCACUGUAUUAGCAUACAUUUUAAAAACUCUGAAUGAAAGUUACAAGUAUGGAUUGGAUCUGUUUCUCUUGUCCAUCGAUGAAGGAAUUACUGGAUAUAGAGAUGAUAGCUUGAAAACUGUGAUGCAGAAUAGAGAUGAUUACGGUAUUCCACUAAAGAUCUUAUCAUAUGAGGAAUUGUAUGGAUGGACAAUGGAUUCUAUAGUCACGGAGAUUGGCCGUAAAAAUAAUUGCACCUUUUGCGGUGUUUUCCGAAGACAGGCAUUGGACAGAGGGGCUGCGGUUUUGAAGGUGGACUGCAUCGUAACGGGUCAUAAUGCGGACGAUAUCGCUGAAACUGUAUUAAUGAAUAUCUUGAGAGGUGAUAUUGCCCGACUACAGAGAUGUACAUCUGUGAUCACUACUGGUGCAGAUUCCAUCAUGCGCUGUAAGCCGCUGAAAUAUGCGUAUGAAAAAGAGAUUGUCAUGUACGCAUUUUUUAAAGGUCUAGUAUACUUCUCCACAGAAUGCAUAUAUGCUCCAAAUGCAUACAGAGGUCACGCACGAGCCUUUCUGAAGGAUUUAGAGAAAAUAAGACCUUCAUCUAUUAUAGACGUAAUACAUUCAGGUGAACAGUUGCAAGCGAAAGAUAAUAUAAAAAUGCCGGAGAGAAGAAAUUGUGCUCGAUGUGGAUUUGUUUCAAGUCAAGAAAUAUGUAAAGCAUGUGUCUUGCUGGAGGGUUUGAAUAGAGGGCUGCCAAAACUCGGUAUUGGUAAAUCUAAUAAAGCUAAGAAGAUAAUGAGUUUGCACGUAGAUAAAAACAACAAACAACAAAGUAUAGAUUUCUAAGGAUUUCUAUAUCUAGAUGUAAUAUGUGUAUGUAAAACGUUUGUACGAAAAAUACACCAUCUACAUAUGCAUUA